AUGCACAUCUGUCUCCUGCACCGGGACCUCACAGGCAGCGACGGCGGCUUGACGACUUACCUCAUAAACAAAAUCCGAGGUGCUUCGCGUAACCCCACCAGCCCCUACGCUGAGAUGGAGAGCUUCCCCUUUCAGCUAAAAACCCUUAUUCUGGUCCUGGGGGAGAUUGCGAACCCGGCCAACAUCGGCAUCCUCUCGCGGUCGGGAUGCAGCAUCUGUCUCCUGCGCCGGGACCUCACAGGGCAGCGGCGGCGGCUUGCGGGGCCCGACGCCG